CCUUUUUUUUAAAUUUUUUUUUGCUUACAAAGGGUGAAACUUUCUCUCUCUAUAUAAAUGGUCCUUCCCGGCUUCCCCCACAAUUCUGCACCCACGAGCUAUACCAAGUACUCUCUUUCUCACUCGAUUGAUUCAAGCAGCAAAUAAUUAGCCUAGCUUACUCUUUCCAUAGCUAGCUAGCUUGUUGCGAGCAAGAUCAGGUUGCCGGUGCAGUAACAGAGAGCAACCAUGGGUGUAUUGGACAGCCUCUCUGAUAUGUGCAGCCUGACAGAGACCAAGGAAGCCCUCAAGCUAAGGAAGAAGCGGCCACUGCAGACGGUGAACAUCAAGGUGAAGAUGGACUGCGAGGGGUGCGAGAGGAGGGUGAAGAACGCGGUGAAGUCGAUGCGAGGGGUGACGAGCGUGGCGGUGAACCCGAAGCAGAGCCGGUGCACGGUGACCGGGUACGUGGAGGCGAGCAAGGUGCUGGAGCGCGUGAAGAGCACCGGGAAGGCGGCGGAGAUGUGGCCCUACGUCCCGUACACCAUGACCACCUACCCGUACGUCGGCGGCGCCUACGACAAGAAGGCCCCCGCCGGCUUCGUCCGCGGCAACCCCGCCGCCAUGGCCGACCCCUCCGCCCCCGAGGUCCGCUACAUGACCAUGUUCAGCGACGAGAACGUCGACUCCUGCUCCAUCAUGUAAAACCAAUAAUCCAUAUAUAUACUACAACUCCGGCGACUUCUCCGGCCGGCCGGCAACAUGCUUGCUUAAUUAGCUAGCUUGCUUGGUUGAUGUGUACUACUGCGUUAAGCCUGCAUAGAGAUGAGGUGUCUAGCUACUGUGUAUAUUAUGGCCAUAUGUUAUGUAGUACUACGUGCUUUGUUUUGGAUUAUUACUAAAAUAGUUGCAUAAAGAGAGUGAAAGCUAGAGCUGUGGCUACGUGUUCUGAAUUGUGAUUACGUGUACGAACUAGAAACGACACGUCUGUUGUCGAUUGAAUUGGUCUUUUUUGGAGCGGUAGCUAGGCCGGGUGAAGGGGCGGGGUUAAUCAAUCAAUUGUUUGGUUGAACCGCUAGGUAAGCUCUCUAUGAUGAUAUGAAUAAAAAAUCCCUGUCAGUGUCAUGUACUGUGUGGCCUUCUACCUAAUCA